AUGGAUUUCGGCGAAGAGAUGGACUCCGACGAAGAGGUGGAUUGGAUAGGCAUAGCUGCUGCUGUCGAACUCGAAGAAGCUGAGGCUGAGGCUGCUGCUGUCAAAGAUGCGGUGGCUGUGGUAGAGGCAGCAGCUUCGGCGGCCAGAGCCAAACGGAGGCGAGAGCGACCACAUGACUCCGACGACCGGCAUGGCAUUCCUCCGGCAUUUAAUUUAGCUGAUGUGGAUCCUGAUCCUGGCACACGUAAGCAAAUUGAAGAGUAUGCAACUCCAGAAAUUAGAGAUGAAAUGAGAAGGCCUCCAAGCAUUGGUGACAAGUUUGGCGAUGAUGUCUUCACUAAGAAAGGGUUCAAAAAUUGGAAGAAGGUAGUGGAAAUAUUCAAUGCUCAUGUAGGUGGACCAAACAACGCUCACAACAAUGCUAGAAGACGGUGUGAAGAUUUCAAAAACCAAAAGCAAAGUGUGUCAUAUGCAAUGACUUCUCAUACUGAGAAAUCACAUAUUGAAUAUGAAGAGCGUUUGAGGGCUGUUGUAGGUGUGGUAAGGUUUCUUGUCUCUCAAGGCCUAGCUUUUCGUGGGCACGAUGAGACUACCACUUCCAUGAACAAGGGUAAUUUCCUUGAGAUGUUGGAUUGGUAUGCAGAAAGAUGCAAAGAUGUAGCCGAUGUGGUCCAUAAAAAUGCUCCUGGCAAUCAUCAAUUGACUUGUCAUAAAAUCCAAAAACAAAUAGUACAAGCAUGUGCCGAAGUGACUACAAAAGUGAUAAUGACUGAGCUUGGUGAUAGUAAUUUCUCUCUACUUGUUGAUGAGUCUCGUGAUGUAUCGGUUAGAGAGCAAAUGGCUGUGAUUGUGAGGUUCGCGAACCAAAAAGGGGAGUCUUUGGAAAGAUUGCUUGGUGUUAAACAUGUUCUUGAUACUACAUCCGCUUCUUUGAAAAGAUCUUUGGACGCAAUGUUUGUUAAACAUAAUUUAUCCAUGUCUAGAUUGAGAGGACAAGGAUAUGAUGCGGCCUCAAAUAUGCGUGGAGAACUUAAUGGUUUAAAGAAAUUGGUGCUAGAUGUCAAUCCGUAUGCUUUUUAUGUGCAUUGUUUUGCCCACCAACUUCAAUUGGUAGUUGUUGCUGUUGUCAAGGGAGUCCUAGCUGUUAGUGAUUUCUUUGGACAUACAAAUAAGAUUGUCAACAUGGUAAGUGCCUCGUGUAAAAGAAAAGAUGCAUUGUUGCAGAAGCAUCAUGACAACCUGGUUUUACAGUUAGAGCAUGGGGAGAUUUUGUCAGGAAAAGGCGAGCAUCAAGAGACAAGUUUAGCAAGACCCGGUGAUACACGAUGGGGGUCACACCACAAGACUCUAAUCCGGAUAUAUCAAAUGUGGGAUUCCGUGGUUGAAGUGCUACAUGUUAUUUCUCUUGAUGGAGCAGAUGCUGAUGAUAGAGGUUUGGCUUCUGGCUUUAUGAUAAACAUGGAAACAUUUGAAUUUGUUCUUAUCUUGCAUUUGAUGCUUCGAGUGCUUGGUUUAACCAAUGAUUUGUCACAAGCAUUGCAACAAAAAGAUCAGAAUAUAGUCCGUGCUAUGAAUAUGAUUGUACUUGCAUUGACAUUACCGGUGGCAACUGCAUCAGUUGAGAGGGUUUUCUCAGCCAUGAAUAUUAUAAAGACUGAUCUUCGAAACAAGAUGGGUGAUGAUUGGCUUAAUGAUUUGAUGGUUUGCUUUGUUGAGCGCGAGAUAUUUGCUAAAAUUAGUGAUAAAGAGAUUAUGGUUCAUUUUCAUGCCUUGAAGAACCGUCGAGGUCAUCUACCUCCACAACCUCGUGUUCAGUCUCAUUUGGAAAUUGGAAUUAUGGGAUCAUAUUGUGGCAUAACUGAGCAUUUCAAGCGGCAAGAGUCCAUGUGA